AUGGAGGUUUACAAAGUAGCAAGGAAGGAGGCUAAGUUAGCAGUUAUGGCUGCUAAGUCGGCAGUGUUUGAGAGCUUAUAUGUGGGGUUAGAGAAGAAAGGCGGGGAAAAGAGGUUGUAUAGGCUUGCUAAGGCUAGGGAGCGGGAUGGUGAUGACCUCAAUCAAGUGAAGUGCAUUAAGGGGAGGAUGUAUAGAGAAAGGAAGAGGGAUUUACACAUGGUGUUUAUCGACCUAGAAAAAGCGUAUGAUAGAGUCCCAAGAGAGGUUCUUUGGAGAUGCUUGGAAGUGAGAGGGGUUCUGAUGGCGUACAUCAGAGCUAUUAAGGACAUGUACGAUAGAGUGAAAACCCAGGUGAGAAUGGAUGGAGGAGACUCAGAGUAG